AUGGAGGACGACUUCUUUCGUGUCUUUUUUUCUUUUUAUUUAAUUACUUUGUUCGGGGCUGGAAAGAUAAUGGUGAAAGGGGAAUUUUUUUUUGUAAUUGUUUUAAAUAAAUCUUGUAUGACUCGCCACUGCUUGGGCUGCGGUGCAGUCAUGAGUUUGAGCAGUCUUGUUACUUCUACCAUGCGGCUCUGCUGUACAUUUUGUUUUUGCGUUUCUUUACGUGCUCCGUUUCUUUUUUUACUUCUUUACAUCGUGUUUCUGCAGACACGCACAUGCACACGCACACAGAGUGCAAAUCACAGUGGAUUCGGAUGGUUCCUUUGCGGUGAGUGUGGCAACUACGUCUGGGUGCAGCUUUUUCCCGUGGGCAUGAAGCGAAGGGAGGAGAGAGGCAGCGCGCAGGGCGAGUGUCUCUUCCUGAUGGUGUGGGGGCGCUGCGUUGUGACCGCAUGGAGUGAGGCGGCGCGUCAUGGCUGGGUGAGGAUCCGCUUCGGCGUGUGUGGCUCUGUGGUGAUUGCUCGCUCCGUGUGCGUUGUGUGUUGGCUGCGGGGCUGCGGCCGUAUCCCGUUGGCCGUGGGAUUGAACUGGAGGCGAUGGUGGCGUUGGGUCUCUUCUCUUCCAUGGUGGGUGGCUGCUGGCGGUGUGUGCGUUUUUUGUGUGGAGGGCCGAAUCCUCUCACCCGCGGACUGA